AUUUAUCAGUAACAAAACCAUUUUUAAUUCGAACAAGUUUUAAUCGACAACAAGCAUGGACAUUAGUUUUUAGUGUUUUUCUAGUUGCACUUAUUGCUCCACUUGGUCUUGCUAUAGUUGCAUCGAAAGUAGAUGAUUGUCUUUUAUUUUUUUCUAAAACAUAUCAAAUUAUUGGUUCAAUACAAAUAUUCUUUAUUUAUGUUUUACCAUCCAUACUUAUAUUAACAUUAAGUAUAAUAACAGUCCAUAAACUACGCAAUCGUAUACGUACACGUGGUUCACGACGUAUACAUAUAAGUGUUAUGUUAAUAGCUGUUUCAUUUUCAUUUAUAACAUUUACAAUGCCAUAUCAAGUAUGUUGGUAUUGGUUAUUUUCAACAGCAAUUGGAAGUGUAACAUUAAAUUUAAAAGUCAAUAUAAUUAAUAUUGGUUUUCGUUAUUUAGCAUUAACAAUAAGAAAUUUAAAUUAUACAUUAAAUUUUUUUCUAUAUUCAUUAACAUCAAUGGUAUUUCUUAAAGAAGCAUUUACAAUUGCACAUUGUAAUUAUUUUCUUAAUCAAACAUUUAUGGAACGUAAUCAUGCAUUUCGUCGUGUACGUCGAUUUCUAUCUGAACAUGGUGGUGAUGAACAAGAUCAACAACGACAACAACAACAGCAACAACAACAACAAACCAAUGUAUUGAUUUGUCAAUCAAAUUUAAAUUCUAAUCAACAAAAUAAUUAUCAUAAUUUUAAAAAACAUUUUAGUAGAAAAAAAUCGAAAACGAAUCAUUUACAUGAUCAACUAAAACAAUCGAAAGAAUAUUCUAAUGGACAUGUAAAUAUAAAUACAAGUACAACAAAUGUAUCAUAUAAUUUAAAACAAACGAAACCAAUAUCAUUUGAAAAAAAAAUCAAAUGGAAUUUAAAAAUAAAUCAUAAAUCAUCUAGUCAUUCGAAUUAUUUAAAAACUGAUAAUGAUGAACAACAACAACAACCACAAAUAUCAUCAAAUUAUCCUUCAACGUCCAAUAUACAAGAUUUUGAUACUAAAGUGCAACAAUGA